CGCCUUGCCAUGUUUUCUCCGAGCGCGCGUCCUCCUGCGACGCGUACAUCUUUCAACUGCCAAAAGACCAAGAACCGAAUCGACCUCCUUCUGCUCCGGCCGUCUCCUAGGGUUUCGUCCGCCACAUCUAUCUCCAUCUCGUAGAGCUCGCCGGAGGGGAUUCGACCCCAUGGCAUAUCGGACAUCUCGCGGGAGCCGCGGCCCGAUCGGAUCCUCGACGACGUCGUUCGGCCCUUUGCCAUGGGGACCGUGGGCGGUUUCUUCUACCACUUCAUCAAGGGUUUUUAUCAUCCUCACGGCUACCGACUUGUCGGCGGCCUCCAGGCCGCGCGCAUAAUGCCUACCGCGUCGGCAGCAGUUUCGCCGUCUGGGGCAAGCCUAUACUCCGUCGUCGACUGCUCCUCGGUCUACUUCCGCCAGAGGGAGGAUCCCUUGACCACCAUCCUCGCCGGAGCACCGACCGGCGGCCCGGGCCCCGCCAUAUUUAGCGGCGUCCUCCUCACCUUUGUUGAGGGCCUCACCAUCUUGGCCGCCCGCUUUGUCGACACCAACCAGCCACCCUGGAUCGAAAACCAUCCGGCGUCGGCCGACGGCCGGAGCCGGAGAGGGCUCCUGCAUCAGCUGCGACGGCCGGAGCCGGAGUCGGCAGUGUGGGAUUUCCGGCGACAAUAUCUGCCGCAGGGCUUUUCGGGUGGGAAGAAGCGGGAGGAUGGGAAGAGCGGAGAAAGCAAAACAAAGGUCUUGGAGAGUAUUUGAUACUGCGGUGCGGCAAUCCCCAGCUUUGAGUAUAAUUAGGGUCAGCAUUGCGUUUUUGAUCGAGAAUCUGGGCAUCAUGAAAAGAAUUGGGGACCUGAAAGCAGCACCAAAUCACAGGUUAGUUGCUUCCAUGACCCGCCAAUCACUCUUCGAGAUCUGUAAAUAAUACAGCACAUAUGACUUCUAGGGUCUACUACUAAUUCCCUUGCAGAAGUUUCAGGAGAAGUGGAGGAAAUGAUGGAAAGCGUAUUCUUAAUGCCUAUUAACUUUAGCCUUGAUUGGGAUGUGACGAGGGAUGAAUUCAUAGGUUCUUCCUUUUCUCAGUUUAACCAUGACCAAAUAUUCUUUUAUUUAGGUGGUGGUCUUAUUUAUUAGUUCAUGGUGUUCUUGAAUUGACACAUGGCUUGUGACACAGCGAUACUCUGUAGACUUUGAAGUGUUUAUAGUGACUGUUAAUUUUCAACCUUCUUAUAUUGAAUAAUGAAAUUCAUUGCAUUUGAUGUGAGGACAAA